GAAUACCGGGGGAGGGGGGAGGAACCUACAACAAAACUCUUGGUUUAUGAACAUGCGCAUUCGUUCUCCGUAGCUUUUUUUGGUAUUGAAAGGGAGCAUGCGCAUAAUGACGGGAUUGGCCCUCUGAAGUUUGAACAGGACCAAAACGGCUGGUUCUGGGUCUGUCAGUUGCUCACUUUUUUGAAGGAGGCCUAGUUUGCAUCUCAGCAUGUCAAUAGUAACAGUGCAACUUGGUCAGUGUGGCAAUCAAAUUGGUUUUGAAGUAUUUGAUGCUCUAUAUAGUGACUCACACUGUCCCCAGGGACUCUGCUCUAAAAGAGAGAAUGAGGUGUAUCAAGCAUCUUGCAAAGAAAGAUUCUUCAGUGAAGAGGAAAAUGGAGUUCCCAUUGCCCGGGCUGUACUUGUUGAUAUGGAACCUAAAGUUAUCAAUCAAACACUAUCAAAGGCUGCCCAGUCUGGCCGAUGGAAAUAUGGCCAGCAUUCGUGCUUCUGUCAGAAACAAGGUUCUGGAAACAACUGGGCAUACGGUUACUCUGUUCAUGGACCCAGGCAUGAAGAAUCUAUAAUGAACCUAAUCCAGAAGGAAGUGGAAAAAUGUGACUGUUUGAGUGGUUUUUUCAUCAUAAUGAGUAUGGCUGGGGGCACAGGAUCAGGUCUAGGAGCCUUCGUUACACAGAAUUUACAAGAUCACUACUCAAACUCUUUGAAAAUGAAUCAGAUUAUAUGGCCUUAUGGAACCGGUGAGGUUAUUGUUCAGAACUACAACUCCAUUUUGACUCUUUCUCACUUGUACCGAUCUUCAGAUGCCCUCCUCGUUCAUGAAAAUGAUGCUGUUCAUAAGAUCUGUGCAAAACUGAUGAACAUCAAGCAAAUCUCCUUUACCGAUAUAAACCAAGUCCUUGCACAUCAGCUGGGAAGCGUGUUCCAACCUACUUAUUCUAUGGAAGGCUCAUAUCACUACAGAAGAAAUCCAUUAGGAGAGUUAAUGGAGAAUUUAGUCCCCCAUCCUGAAUUCAAGAUGCUGGGUAUUCGUAACAUUCCUCAGAUGUCUGAGAACUCACUGGCUUACAGUACAUUUACUUGGGCUGGCCUCCUCAAGCACCUGAGACAGAUGCUCAUUUCUAAUUCGAAAAUGGAAGAAGGUAUUGAUUGGCAGGUUCGGCCUCCUUUAUCAGGACUUCCUACUCUUGGUAAAGUGUCUCUCAACAGGGAGCUUCAUUUUAACACUUCCAUUGCUAACUUGGUCAUCCUUCGUGGGAAAGAUGUGCAUAGUGCAGAUCUGGGAGGAUUUAAAGAUCCAGCACUCUAUACUUCUUGGUUAGCACCUGUUAAUGCUUUCAAUGUAUGGAAAACCCAGCGAGCAUUUAGCAAAUAUGAGAAGUCUGCAGCAUUGGUCAGCAAUAGCCAGUUCUUACUAAAACCACUUGAUACGAUUGUGGGCAAAGCAUGGAAUAUGUUUGCUUCAAAAGCCUACAUUCAUCAGUACACAAAAUUUGGAAUUGAAGAAGAGGACUUUCUGGACAGUUUCACAUUGUUGGAACAAGUUGUUGCCAGUUACUGCAAUCUCUGAUCGCCAACAGAGGAGAAAAAGUACCCUAGAUCAUUUUGGGGCUAAACAAUUUUCAAUAUUACUUUUUCUGUAAGGUGUUCAGAUCCCUACCUGUUAAAGUAACAAAGGUGAAUGCUGUUUCCUUUGGCAUACCAUAACCACAGAAAAGGAGGAAAACUUUUUAAUUUUUUUUAACGUUUAUUUAUUAUUGAGAGAUACAGACAGAGUAUGAGCAUGGGAGGGGCAGAGAGAGA